AACAAUAUUCCAAAGAUGGCGGACCCCCUGUGUCUGCUGUCUUUGGUCUUCGUUCUUUUGUUAUACUUUGAUCGAGGGAAGUGUAGUUUGUCAUUAGAGAAAUGCAACGAGCUUGGUUUAACACGCCUGAUGUGCAGUGCCUGUAAAGAGCUAGGUCAAUUUAACCUGAAGCAGCUGGAGGAGUCCUGUCUUGCCUGUUGUGAUGAGGACACCGAUUCAGGAAGCGAUGUAAAGACUUACCCAUUUGCUGAACUUCAUGUGUGCAGCUGAAAAUUGGGAAGGUUUCCACAGGUUCAAGCAUUUGUCAAGAGUGACCGUGUAAAACAGUUUUCUGGUCUGAACGUGAGGUACGUCCGUGGCUCAGACCCGAUCAUCAAGUUAUUGAAUGAGAAACGUGAAGUGGUCGAGACUCUUGGAAUUGACAAAUGGAACACUGACUCUGUGGAGGCCUUCUUUCAGGAAAGGUUGAGGACGUAAGGGGCUGGUCCCUUUACUGUCAGACACAUGCCUGUAAAGUUUACAAUCAGUUUCAUAAAAACAUGAAUCAUUUAACAAGAUGCAUGAUAGAAAUGUUACUGUAGAAUUGAGUGACUGGUUUGUGAAACUGAUGCUGAACCACAUGGCUCUCUAUGAAGGUCUGACAGCAAAGCCUUACUGGUAUGACAGACUGGAUAACCUAUGAACCAGUGAUUCCAAAACUUUUAUGGCAUGACUACUUUAAUAUCUGGUGAAAUAAUCUCAAGGUUCAACAUAAUGUAUUGUACAUUGUAUUCGUAUGCAAGCAGAAGCAUCAUAAAGAUUACACAGACUUGAUAUUAAAGAACUGAUGUUUAAUGACAUAAAUUCUUAUCGGACAUGUUUGGUUAUUUUAAGUUUCCAUAUAUAUGUUCACAAGCUUUUAUUUUUUUAAUAUUAAAACUCCAUCAGUCUUAUCAAAACAAAAUUGACAUCAGUUUUAAGUUUAAUCAUCUAAAUUGAACCAAUGCUUUAGUCAUAUUAAGGAAUGUAUGAGAGUGAAUGAGUAAUCACAAUUGUCAAAAUUAUGUUCUGUGAUCAUUCGAUAAAAAUAAUUCUAAUAUUCA